GAGAGGAGCCUAGCAAUAGAAAGAGAAUGAGAGAAAAUGAACCAGAUGCUGCUGAUUCUGAUCUGCCCAACCUAUCCCAAAUCAAUUCUAGUCUCUAAUCUUCCGCAUCAACCCCCAUGAUUACGAUGGAAAUGAAUCACACAGAUGUACUGAGAUCUUCUUCUAAUCAACUAGUCGAGGGUGAUGUCGAGAUGCGCGAUGGAGUUUUGGAUACACAUGCUCUGGAAAAUCUCAAUCAGGGAAUUCAUGGGAGAACUGCAAACAUGGCCUGCAAGACAGUCUCUGGACUAGCAAAGAGUGCUGAAGAAACGGAAAGUCUGGCCAUUUUGGAAGCGACUAACUGGGCAAUCAACAAAGACAUAGCGGAAGUUUGCAUUUACAGCGAUGCAAUGUUAUCUAUUUCUUAUCUAAUGAAUAAAACUAACCAGACUAGCUGGUUAAGCAGGUCUAUUUUAGAUGAUUGUCUUCAUUUGUCAAACAAUUUCAGUUUUUUCAGAGUCCAGCAUGUUAAAAGUGAAAAAGCGGGGGUCUAACAACACCACCCAACAUUUCGAUUAGCAAUCUGUAUGGACUAACUC